AUGGCACUCGCGCACCUCGACCGCUUGAGAGAUUUCUUGAAGGACUUCGAAAAUUUCCCAGAGAAGCUCGCGGACCUCGAAGCCGCCACGAAGCGCCUUGACGAAGAGCACAAGAAAAUGCAGCAGGACUUCGUCCCCAUCGCGAAGUUCCAUGCGCUCGAGAGAAAGUUGGACGAAACCCAGCGCAUCUUGGCCAAGACCAUUGACCAGCAACAACUCAACGACACCACAAACGAGAUCGAAACAAAGUUCAAUGAGGACGAAAUGGACGAAUGUCUGUCGGAUGCCGAACUUGUCGCCGAGGACAAGGAGAUGGGUGACGUGGAGGGCUGCGCGAUCUGGCUUGACAACAAUGGGGAUUUGCAGAUCGACCCUCUGAUCCUGGAUGACACGUUUGAUAAGCUUGAAGAGACUUGGGCAGUUCAGAAGGCGAAAUUGGAGGAAAGGUGGAACAAAAACAAUGGCACAGAGCUCGAGUGGGUUCCAAACGAUACCGAUACGUCCGAUGCGAAGUGCUUAUGGAGCAUGGUCUUUGGCAGAACACAUUUCUGGACCACCGCAGAGUCUGGCAACUUUGCGUGCAGAGCAUGCGCGUACAAUCAAGCCAUUUGUUUCGGCAAUACCCAGGGCCGCUGGGAGGCACUGCCUCUGCCAAACGAACUGACGGGUGAAGCGUCUGGAAUCACCACGAUGUUCGUCUCACCAAAAGCUAGAGUCACCAAGUCGCGCCAAGCACGUGGACUCUGGCCUGCGGGAUAA